CCGACAGCUUCACUCUGGAGGAGGAAAGUGCGAAGGGAGGGUUGGCUGACGUUUUUUUUUUCUCAACAAGGGACCCCCCCAACCCCCUGUAUUUACCAACAACAGGCGUCUAUUACCCAACACUGUACCGUAACCGCACACGGACUCUCUCUGUCAGAAACUUCCCUCUACCUCGACUAAUAAAUGCCAAGAGAAACAACACAACCGCCAACAGAUAAGGAUCGACGCUCUGAGUCGGAGACGAACCGUCGGACAAACACGUAGAAGAAAAAAGAAAAAAAAAACGACAAAAAAGCGCACGGAUCGUCGCCGUUGCCUUUCUCAAUGCAUACCCUUUGUGCCCGGGGAACGAUGAAACCAGAGAUCAACGCCGCCGUCGGAUUUCUGUCGAGAUUUCUGAGGGUAAAAGGACACGUAAACGAUCGACAGGUCCAAACAUUCAGCCAAAGCUUACAGGACAUUUUGGCAGAGCAAUAUAAGCACCACUGGUUCCCAGACAGACCCUGCAAGGGUUCAGGUUACCGCUGCAUCCGCAUCAACCACAAGAUGGACCCACUGGUGGGGCAGGCAGGCCAGCGCAUCGGCCUGACCAUCCAGCAACUCUACCUGCUGUUGCCCAGUGAGCUUACGCUCUGGGUGGACCCCUUCGAGGUGUCCUACCGCAUUGGUGAGGACGGCUCCAUCUGCGUCCUGUACGAGUCGCAGCCCGGCCCUGUAGGAAUGCCGGCGAUAGCCGCCGGCAGCACCCCCUCAGGAAACAGCGGCUCGGUGAGCACCAUGGUGGACAGUCACAUCAGCUGCAAGGAGGAACUGAUGGUGCUGGGCAGAACCAGUCCCUCCAAAGCCUACAAUAUGAUGACUGUGUCCAGCUAAAGUGGCACACUGUCACACCGGCCUACUCUUGUUCAGGGUCACGCCGUGGCUGGUCAGAUCAUUUGACCAGACCAGGGUGAGCCUUUUUAAAGCUAAGAAUAUGAAAUGAAAUAGUGAAAGAAGAAAAAAAGCAAAAGGAAAAAAAAAAAAGAAAACAGAGGAUGUGGCCUAUCGUCCAGGUGAUGGAAACCUUGUAGGUUUGAUAUUUUUUACCCCUCUCUCCCCGUUAUCAUCUGUUCUGUUGUGUCAUUGGAUCAGCCGAGCACUCCGUUUUUUUAGGAGAGGCUUUGUGGAAAUGGAACUGUUGGGGCAGCUAAACCAACCAACCAACCAACCAACCAACCAGGAACCCCCAUGGAGACCCCCAUCCCCCCCGCCCACACAUCCGAUCCCCAUCUGAAAACAACAUGGUGAUCAGCUCCACCUCUGAAGGGGCUGUCAGCAUUGACUUUGCACUUUUCUUACUUGUGGUUACUAUGGGUACACGUUCAACACACCACUGCAAAAAAAACAAAACAACAACAAAAAACACCAGAGUCUAAAUUGUCAGGAAUAUUUUCCAGGAACUACCCCUUUGAAUUUGAAAAUGCAGAGGUUUUGCUGUUUUUUUUUUCUUCCGUGUCCUGUGUGGGGAGGAAGUUGAGGUUUCAGACUGCGCCCGUUGCAAUCCAAGCUCAAGGUAAAGAAACGCCCAAUGAGAGCAUCUCUAUUUUCUAUAAAAAAACCACAAAAAACAAAAACCCUUUUUGGACCACAGGGAAUACGCUUUCUUUAUCUUGUAGCUACUGAAAAAAAAAAAGGCUCGUGGUCUUGACUUCUCUUCCUCCCCCUCCUUCUACUAUCAACACUGAGCUUCAGAAAACCUUCAUCUCAGCGUUCUCUCGGCCUGUAUGUAAGUGCAAGUGGAAUGUGUUGUGACACCUGUUACCUAUGGAUACCAGUGUGUCCCGUUGCACUGUCGCCCUCCCAUCACUCAUGUUUGUGUAGCUUUUUCCGGGGGAGAGGGCAAAAAGGGGGACCCGUCUCUUCCCCUCUUCCCCCGGUUAAUGAAUGUUGUUGAAAUUCACAAUCAAGUUCCUGUGUUAAUUUUUUUGCCCCCUUUUCCCCCUCACCACUUUGUCAUCUCCUGCAUUACCAAAACUCAAAGUGUAGCAAAAAGGGGGGGCCCUAUUUACCCAAAUUUUGGUCAUGUGGCCCAGCUAGAAUUGACAUUGAAUGCACUUUGACGUGAGAUUGUGUGGGAUGUGUACUUUUGAAAAAGAAAAUCGCCUUCAUUCCAUCCAUUCGAAUGUCAUCUUUUCACGCCGUUUUUACUGCCCUUCUCAUUUGUAGCUGUUUGUUUCAUACUGUAGCUCCCACGUUGGCGUAGUCUGUUGAACUGGGAGUGUGCAAGUCUGGAUUUCGAAAAAAAAGAAAAACCCUUUUUAACACUGUACUUGUGAACAUUUCAGAGCUCUUGGUUUUUUUUUAUUUGUAGGUGGAGAGUAUUCUGGGUGGUAUGUUAGAAACAUUCUGUCAUCCAUUCAUAUGGCACUGUUGACUCUGGCACGAUGCAGAGCUGAGCUAUCCCCCCCCACUCCCUCCUCCCCCCACCCCCCAGACACACACAGAUGGUGAUUUGUGUUGCUGAUUUCAAAAAAAAAAAAAAAAAAAAAGUUUGUCUGAAAGGUCUGGACUAAGUGAUGACUGUGUGAGACUUUGGCCAAAGGGAGGUCUGGAGCGCCGACUGUUCAGAGAUGAAUUCUAACUUGAAUUGAAAACGCCAGGCCCAGUCAGCCUUCUAUUUUCACUUACGAUUUCUAAGCUCUUAUAAACCAGAGACACUUUUGUGUGAGUCGGAGGUGCACUGCCUUACGGAGACCUCAUGAAUUAUGAGCCAUUUGUGAUGUUAAUCUAAUAUCAGGCUUAUGAAAGCCAGCCCCGGUGCAUUGUGCUGCCCGGACCCUCACUGGAGGCGUCCGUCCCCCCUCUUUUUAUUUCCAGCCUGGCAGCUUCAAACCACCACCCCCCACCCCCCCACCGCACCCCUCCUGGUGUAGGGGUUUAGAGUGCCUCAAGUGCCACAUAUCACCCCUCAGCUCAGACCUCCUGUUCAGCCAAAAGCAAGCCAGCAUGCUGCUAGCUGACCCCCUGUGGAUGCAGGUAGACUUAAUGUGACACAUAUCAUCAUCCAUCACCGUGGGGAGCUGGGUAAGGAAGGCAGGGAUGAGGAGCUGGUGUGAGAGAGGGGGGGCCCAGGGCCGGACUCUUUGUGUCCAGGGCAGCUAAAAUCCCUCCAGCCCCCCCUCUGGACUUGUUCAACAACCCCCACCCUGACCAGAAGCCCUCAACCCUCCCUCAGCAGUGAUGGAUAACCAGCAUACGCACUUGGCGUGCUCGAGCUGCACUUAGGGGGCUAGUGAGAGACUAGGAAACAUGGAUCAAAGAUGAAGAAAUGAGGGUACUAGGCCGUUGUUUUCUGUUUUCAUCUCACUGGAUCGCGCUGCACUUGAUUACUGAGUUUGAGUAGCAACUUUGUUUACAUGCAUAUGAAAGGGUGUGAUGGCUGUCUGACGUACCCCGACUUCACUCCUGGUUCUGGGGCUGAGUGGUUAACAGCAUGGAUGGAACAGAUGCUGGAACGGCUACGGGUGUUGCUCAGGCCUUAGCCGCUGGCCAAAUCUGUCACGGCAGGCUGGUUCGCCGCUCAUCACCAGACCUCUGGGUGUUUAAGCUCCCCUAAGCCUGAGAGGAUCAUGGGUAAUAUAGCUAUAGCCUUUGACGCACUGCAACCCCCUAACCCCCUCCUGCCCUGCUCUCUGCUGAUACUCCCUUCAGCAAUCUGUGAAAAGCAGUGAUUCCAUGUUGGCCAGAUGGAGAGGAGCCUGCUGGGAUGGGAGCCCAGAGCUUUUUGGUUUCCAUGGCGGACACCAGUUUUAAAAUCAUGCUGCUCCGUUAUAGCUUUUUAACGUCACGUGACAAGAUGUUUUGAGAUUGGUCUAUAUUUCGGACGCGAGAUGAUCGUCUCGUCUCACUUAUUUUCCUCUAGAUGUGUUUUAUGGUCACACUGGUAGAUUUUCUCAUGUUUCCACUCAUCCCCCAUUUUCUCCUCUUCAUCCUCUUUUUUUAAGAGGAUUUUUAGUCUGGUGAUCUAACCCACUUUUUUUUUUCUUUUUUUAGCAGACCUUGUUUUUAGAGCCACAAAAUUUUUAAAAAAAUACUAAAAAUUCAACCCAAAUCCCCUUGGACACCUUCUCAACUGUACUACCACCACCCAAAAAUGGUUUUAGGUCCUCAGUAAUAUUGAUUAUUCAAAUGGCAUCCAUUCAGCUUGUGCGCACAUAGGUUCAAGAAUCGAGAGUGCUUUGAGUAGUCAGAGGUAAAAAAAAAAAAAAAUAAAGCACAUAAAUGCACUAAAUGUCAAGUUGAAGUUGUGUGACAUUUUUUUGAGACGCGAGGAGUCUCUCCCUGGAAUGUAUUGCCAAACUCAGGCCUCGGACAUUCAAUAAAUACUCUUAUAGAAAAGUUGUGCAUGUUAAGACAUGAAACAGGAAGGGAACAGCAGUUUUGUUGUUGUUGUUGUCAAUAUUGUCAUCGAUUAGUUGAAUUAUUGCCACUUUCACAUUUGAGGUGUUUUACAUAUUGUAGAAUGUAUUGUAACUGUACAACAAAAUGGUAGAGUACACGACAUUACACAUGGGAAGUGCCAAUAAUUGCUAUCCUGAGGUGUUUUUAGAUGUAUUCCUUUUUUUUGUAUUUCAUCUUUUAACAUGGAUAAUGCUUUUCAUAAGUGAAGCCAUUUGUGAUGGGAGUGUUGGCAAGGACCAAAGUUGUUUUGGUAAAAAAAAAUCUUAGUUUCCAUGAUCUGUAAGUGUAGACGUAUCCUUUGUUUUUUCUUUUUUCUUCUUUUCCUUUUUCUUUUCUUUUCAGUUUUUUUUCCCUUUUUUUUUUCUAUUUACAUACAAAAAACAGAAAAUAGACAAAAAAAUCUGAGCUUACCCAAGAAGAAAAGCUGUAUCUUGUGAUCUCAUGUCAGUACAUCUUUAUCGUGUUCAGUUUCUUUUCCUUGGGUAUGUUGUGAUGAACUGCUGUAAAUUUGUACAGUUCAUGUAAAUUGAUUGUGCGGAAGUUGUACAGAUUUCUAUAUUUUGGAAGAAAAGUUUUUUUUUCUCUGUAAUAAAAGAUUUCCUAUCUUGGCAUCAUA